GCCGUUUGUUGUGUGCUUUAAGAUUGUUCGACAUUCCAAUAUCCUUGGAGGUCCCAAGCUAGCAAUGAGAGUGCUGUCCGAGCCUCGUGUCAUCCAUGAUCUUACACCUGAAGCCCUGCUUUCGCAGGAAAUACGAGAUUCAUUUCCUUUGGCUGCGGGGAGACGCAACGACCAUACCCCUCCACCAUUGAGAUGCGUAGAAAAAUCGUAAAAGCUCUCGGAUUUAAUGAAUCCCGUCCUUCAAUACCCCUGAUUUCUCCACACCAUGGAUCUUGCCCUUCUUAUUGAUCUAUGCACCUGCCAAGCCUCGUAUCAGUUGAUGAACUGCAGAAAGGCCAUGCCGAUCACCACACGACACAAGGGAUAAAUAUCGCUCCUCAGCGAGAAGACCGCAGGACGGGAUGUUGGAGGAAUAUCUCCGUCCUGACUGCCACCCACACCCUCCAGAGCCGCCAGUAUGAAUCUGCUCAGCACUAUCUCCGUCUCCCUUCCCCUGCUUCUCCUUACUUCGGUCUACGCAGACCCAAGAGCAUGUACUGGUGAUACCAAAGUACUGAACCCGUCGUACUUUACCCUCAAUGAGAGAGACAACAAGUUCCUCCCAGCGCUGUCCAAGAUCUUCACCGAUGCCGGCAAGAAGGUCACGGUCACGCAGGUUCUGGCUGACGCGAAUCGGGACCUGCAAAAGGGCACAGCUGCCGUCCCAAUGUCGGAGCGGUGGCUCUGGAAUGCCGGCGACGAGUCCACCACCAAGUGGAUUCCACAAGGAAUGACUAGUUCUGGCGACGCGCUGGCCGUCGGGACAUACGAGGGCAAGGACGUCUGGCUUGCCAGCUGGUACCAAAAGGAAGGCGAUGCCAAUGUUCGUGUGAGCUUUGUGGACCGCGCGACCCACAAGUACCGGCACGUUCUGCUGGUGGAACCAAGCGCUGCGGAUAACUUCAAGCCGGUGCCGAUCCAUGCGGGUGGCAUUGCUUGGUACGGCAAUGCCCUGUACGUGGUCGAUACCAGCCAUGGCCUGCGGGUGUUCGACAUGGACAACAUAUGGAAGGUCGAGAGUGGCGAUGGGAUCGGUAAGGUGGCUGGAGGCGGGUACUCGGCAGCCAAUUAUGCAUAUGUCCUUCCUCAGACGAGGGUCUACAACUGGACUGAGCUCCAGCCAGACUCCAAGUUCCGGCAUUCCUGGGUCGCUCUUGAUCGUCUUGACUCGCCUGAUACUCUGUUGAUCGGCGAGUACCAGACCGAUGACACCUCAACUCCAAUCCGUCUGGUCAAAUAUCCCCUGGACUCUACGACACGCCGGCUGCGCAAGACCGGCUCGGUAGCAACCGCGUCCUGGGCAUACUGCGUCGAUAUUCUUCGCAUGCAGGGCGGAUUCUCCCGGAACGACACUUUCUACCUGGGAAGAACUAAUGGUCAAAACAAUGGAGGUGAUCUAUUCACCUGGACCCCUGGAGAGGCUGCCGUCGGUUCGAGCUACUUCCCUCCAGGAAAUGAGGAUCUGAGCUACAAUGAGGCGAAAAAGGAGUGGUACACUGUGACAGAAUGGCAGAACCAGAGAUACAUUCUCGCUUAUAAGAAGGAGAUAUCGUGAUGGCUUGUGGACUCAUGAGGUAGUCUGCAGAGACUGGUGUUAGACAAACUGUCUCCCUGUGAAUCUGGUCCUGAUUGAUUGCUUUUGUAGCUUGCCGGUAGCAGUGGGAAUCUAGUUGUCCUUACAGAGUCAAA